AUGCCGAUCGAGGCGCUCCCCCACGCCACCGUCCGGGCGAUUGGCUCUACAUCGGUUAUCUCAGAUCCCUGCUCGGUAGUCAAGGAGCUUAUUGACAACGCGCUGGAUGCAUCUACCUCAUCUGUGAUAAUCGAAAUCUCGCAGAAUACCGUGGAUGUGAUCCAGGUCAAGGACAAUGGCCAUGGGAUCACCGCCGAAGACCACCAUUUUGUCUGCAAACCCGCAUACACAAGCAAGAUUUCGACCAUUGAUGACCUGAAGAAUGUCGGUGGGACUUCUUUGGGGUUUCGUGGCGAAGCACUGGCCAGCAUCGCUGAAAUGUCAGCUGGUGUCAUCGUCACUACACGCGUCGCCUCAGACAUCGUCGCGUCGAAACUUCAGUACGCUAGAGAUGGAGGGCUUUCCCUGUGUCAGAAGCUGUCUCAUCCAAUCGGGACUACUGUUUGCAUCAAGGACUUUCUCAAGUUUAUCCCUGUGCGAAGACAAGCGGCGCUAAAGGGGGCUACAAAAACCCUCACGAAGAUCAAAAGGCUCGUACAAACAUAUGCUAUGGCCCAGCUCUCCAAAAGAUUCUCAUUGAAAGUUCUCAAAGCCAAGAAUGAAAACAACAACUGGAUUUAUGCACCGGGUGCAAAUCCGGCCCUCGCGGAUGCGGCCGUGAAAGUUGUUGGGCGCGAUGUUACUUCCUGCUGUAUCAUGAAAGAAGCUGUGUCUGGUAUUCCCACACACAACGACGAAAAUCCCAACCAAAGUCAAUAUCACAUUGUCGCUCUUCUCCCCAGGAAUGACACAGAUUUCACAAAGGUGAAUAACACGGGCCAGUUCCUGAGUAUCGAUGGAAGACCAAUAUCCACAUGCAGGGGUGUUGGUCAUGAUAUCGUCAAAUUGUUCCAGUCUUAUGCUCGUGCUGCUGCCUCGAAAUGCAAACCAUCCCAAUAUGUUAGCAAUCCAUUUCUUUGCAUUCAGCUUAAGUGUCCUCUGGGCACUUACGAUAUCAAUAUCGAGCCUGGCAAGGAUGAUGUUAUUUUCGAGGAUCGGGAUUUUGUGUUCUCAAUGGUCGAAAAUCUUUUCAUCGACCAUUAUGGGGCGUUGCCUGGCUUGCCUGAGAAGAGUCCCAUUGAGCAGAUACGAUCCUCAAGCGCGUUCCAAGAAGAUGCUAGCUUUGAGCUGCUCAUGGCUCGAAGACCCCUUCCACUAAAUCCGCCGUCGUCACACGAGCAGAUGUACACUGUCGAUGCAGAAGCAUCACUUGCUAGCUCAUAUUCUCCGCAGCCUUUGUCAUCUCAUGGUGCACCGUCCCCUGAACAGACACCACGCAAUAGAGCUCAGAAUGUCGACUCUCAUACCGAUGAAAUCUCCGGAGGGAGGAGCUCUCGCUAUAUUAAUCCGUGGUCCAUAUCUAGGAUUAAUGCUUCAUUCCAGGCUCCUCUUCACGAAAAUAUUCCUCUCUUGGCUAUGACGAAGGUCUCUCCGGAGGUCAUUCCAAAAGGAACCAGACAACGAGAUGAACCUCAGCGACAUAUUUCCACCUCACCACCGCAUACCUCUGUACUAUUCAACCCUUCCCUCUCGAGGCGCACGCCAGUCUCUCCGGCAAGUCGUCGUCUACCCCCACAAUCCUCUCAAGAAUCUCUGCUUCAAUCGAGCUCUUUGGCAAGUGCCUCCCCAAGAGCAAGACGGGAACGCGACCGGGAACGGUAUGGUAACGGAGCCCUGGAUACUUUGUUUCAGCGAACUACCCAGACAUCACUUGGCCAAAGGCUUUUAGAUACCCCUCCUGAGCCAAACGAGAACACCCCUUCACUCUCCCAACUUGCCCAACAGAGGUUUAACCCGCCGUUAACCGUAACCACAACAUCCGUGGUAUUAGAUGGCCAUCGCGAUGGCCACCACCCACCAGACGAUCCCCCUAGGGGGCAAACACCCGACACUUCUCCCCAGCAUUAUUCCACUGCUGCCUCGCCUCAAAAUGAAUACCAGACAGAGUCCAUGGACAGCGGUCGGGGGUUCCCUGUUCUAGAAAAAUGGGCAGCCAAUAUUCACGGCGGCUUCAACGCUGAAAGCUCCUCCGAACUAGAGAAGGCAAUGGAAUUUGAGAGGCGCAAGCGAGAGGCCAACCAAAAACGUCGGAUUUAUUCAGACCAAUCGAAUUCCAGGGCCCGUCCCUCCACUUCAAAUUCACCGCAUCAUAAUCGAUACCUUGCCGCCAAAUCUGCCUUGGCUGUGGGUGGUGCUGUUGAGGACCCGGCCUCGGCCUUGACUCUGCCUCAAAGCGACCCGAGAUCGUACCUCAUACGCCACCAAAGUGACCAACGUCCAGAUUCCUCAGGUGAAAAUACUGGAAAGGCUAGGCGAUUGCAGACCAGCAGGCUACCACUUGAACGUAUACCGGAAGAUCUUGACCUUCACAAUCUCUGCUUGCCGAUACCGACAGAUUCCUCUGAUAUCUUGCAGUCGUUCAACAUGACAGUCCUCCAUGAUUCGUAUACGCGGUGUGGCGCUGAAGCUGAAGCAUUUUUCGUGCCCAACACGAGCUCUCGUAUAACAACGUGGAAUGAUCGGCUGAGCGCAAUUAUCAACAAAGCCUACAAAACUCGAGGGGAGUCCCGGCCCCCGAUUGGUGCAUCGAUAUCAGCCCUGCGAUCGCCGAUCAUUCCGAGCGAUUCCACGUGA